AUAGUAUUGUGUUAAAUUGACGUAAACUAGGCCGUCAGAAUUUCGCAUCUUAACGUCGACAUCUAAUUUUAAAAAUGACUAAUUAUUCGGAACUUUUAAAGAAAGUUUUUAGCGAUAUUGGCCAGCGUUCCGCAUAUUCGCAGAUGCUUAUUGGUGUCUCAUCGGGAUGGGUCACAGGAUAUACGACAAUGAAGAUAGGCAAAUUUGCUGCCUUCGCCGUUGGUGGCAGCAUAAUCUUGCUUGAAAUCGCCCACCAAGAAGGACUUAUCAAAAUAAAUUGGACUAAGUUGGAUAAGAGCGUGGAUAAGCUUGCCGAUAAAGUGGAAGCUUCCCUAGGUCGUGAAAAAAAUUGGAAGGAUAAGACCGAAAGGUAUGUCGACAAUCAAUUAGACAGGGCGGAAAGCCUUUUAACCCGAAACAGCAAGAAAGUGGCGAAAUGGUACACAAAACUGAUUGGCGAUGAGGAGGGUCCAAAAGUCAACGAUCUCCACAUAUUUUUGGCAUCAUUUUUCGGUGGCGUUGCCCUGGGCAUUGCUACUGGAUAAUAAUAUUGUCUGAUUGGCACAAAAACAUUUAAAUACCAUAUGGUUAUUACGAACAAAUCUCACUUAAUAAAGUUAUAAAAAAAGGUAAUAUAAACGAAAA